AUGAUCAUUAAUGGCUUCCAUCCUCAGGAGUUUGAGCACCCUCAACUAGGUCCAAUUAUUGGAAAAAAGCGAAACGAGCAUGUUGUUCAGUUUCGUAGCAUUCCAUACGGUCAUGUUGCUGCACGUUUCCGACACGCCACAUUGAUCAGCGAGCUACCACCGAAACAGCGCACGUUCACGGAAUACGGCCAUGCUUGUCCUCAAACCGAACAGGGCAUGGAGCCAUUUGGCGGUCCAAUCCCAGGGGACAAAAAACGAGAAUACGAUGAGUUUUCCUGCCUCAACCUGACCAUCACAGCACCAGUGUCGGUUUUGAAGUCUGGGAGUACCCAAAAAGUACCGGUCAUGGUAUACGUCCAUGGUGGAGGCUUUACAGUUGGCGCGCAUUAUGGUGGCCCUAAUGAUACAACAAGAAUGGUGACACAAGCAUGCGAGGACUCGAGACCCAUCAUCGUAGUGAGCAUCCACUACCGACUUCAUUUCCUGGGAUUCCUGGCGUGCCAGGCAAACCCCUGCAACUUUGCAUUAUACGACCAACGUCUGGCCUUCCAAUGGGUCCAGAAGUUCAUUUCGGGCUUUGGCGGUGACAUCAACAGGAUCACCGCAUUCGGCGAAAGCGCUGGCAGUUCCUCACUCGCCUUCCACCUGAGCUCCAACGUCCCCCUCUUCGAUCGAGCUAUUCUGCAAUCCGGAACUGCAUCUGCAAUCAGUCCCAAGCCCCUUGCAAACAAGGAAGAAGAAUAUCAGGCACUCCUUAGUUUCUGUGGGAUCAGUCUGGAUGAUCCUCAGCGCCUCGAGAAGCUCAGAGCUGUGCCAACUGCCAAGAUUGUCGAGGCAGCCUCGUCUAUCAACAAGGCAGCCUUUUCACCACUGGCCGACAAAAGCUUCUUUCCAAUCAUUCCCAAUUACCUCAAUCAUGCUCAGAUAGUAUCCAAUUGCUCUUGGAUAGAUGCUAUCAUUACGGGCGAUACAGUCUUUGAAGGCUAUCUGUUUGCACACAACCUCUUUGGUGUGCGAUCUGAGGUCUUUUACCAACACGUGGAAAAUGCGCUUGGAGCAGAGAAUGCCAAGAGAGUAUUAGAGAUAUAUGAAAUAUCCAGAACCAUGGACCAGAACCUGUUCUGGACCAGGUUAUGCACAUUCUGUGGUGAUGUCAUGUUCUCCUUACCUUGCCACAUCCUAUCAAAAGAGCUAUGGCAGAGUGGUAAGAAACAAUAUCGUUGUAUUCUUUCACUGCGUAAUCCAUUCCCCGGUUCCUUCUUCUCUAACGUCCUUGGCCACCAUUUCAUCGAACUCGUCUACCAAUUCAUGACGUUCAUGGAGCGCUUACCUCUCCAGAGACAGCGCGAUGUCUGCAUCGGUUUUGCGCGACGAUGGGCGGCCUUUGCCUAUAGAGAAGAGCCUUGGCCUCAGUAUACAUGGGUAGAUGAGGCAGUGGCAGUGGCAGAUUCCCGGGAGGGCUGGGUCGUGCGGUCACGAGUGAAGGACUUGGAGGUUUCUGCAUAUGACGAAGGCGGCCAGCGUCGCUAUGAGAAGUGGGAAGCAUUGGAUGAGGUGUUUCGCUCACUAGGGGAGAAGGCGCCUGCAGCGAUUGAAGCUCUUAGUUUCCCGACAUUAGUAACUUUGGGAAACAAGCAACUAGAUCUUGAUGUUAUUUAG